CUCCAGUUUCUUGUAGUGCUCCAUAAAUCAAGUACAAUCCUACAAGAGCUGAAGACGCUUGUUGCAGAAGCAGAAACUAAGAAUGGCCAGGCAAUGGAUGCAAACUAUUCUGAUGCCAAUAACCGUCCUUGACCUCUCCCUGGGCCUGUUCUAACUCCCCCCACUCCCCGCUCACACACACACAUAUACAAACAUUUGAUCUGGGGAAUAAAAUACCAAAGGGACAAGCUGAUUUUCCUCCAUCGGACACACCUGAAAUUAUCAGUGUCUUCAGCUCCAGAAAAGAACAGACCUGAAAUUCCACAGUAGCAGGCUUGGCAAUUGCAUUGCCCUACAAUGAGGCAUUAUACUUGGCUGCUCUUCCUUCAGGGUUUGCUGUGUUAUCACAGCCCACUGAGUAUCAACCCUGAUUAUCAGACCGCCUGGAAUGGAUCCUGCCUUUUGAUUCGAUGCCAGAUCAGCGAAAUGCAUUAUUCUGACCAAGUCAGUGCCAGAGAAGUGGCUUGGUAUUUCAAACCACAUUGGAAUCAAAGUGUGCAUGACAUCAGCGGUUCCCUGUUGUACGACAGCUCCCAAACCUCAGAGGAACACAUGAACCUAACAAGUCCUGCCUUUCAGGGCCGGGUAAGGUUUGUAGGGGAUUUGAGCAAGCGAGACUGCAGCUUGGUGAUUACUCAGCUCCAGGCACAGGACAAGGGCACGUAUGGAGCAAGAGUCAUUGCUUCGGUUGGAAGCUAUUCUUGGCGACAGAUGUUGUUCGACAAAACCACCAUUGAAAUUAGAGAAUCCCCUCCAGAACCCAAGAUCGAAAUCAUCCACAUGAAAACCCAAGGAGGGUGGACAAUGGUAGUUAAUUGUUCGGUGCCUUACCAUUGCCCCAAUAUGCAGAUGACAUUGACUCUCAGGGGCUUAGAAAAGCAUUAUCUGUCUCCACAAAAAACAACCAUUGAAGGUGGAAUGAUACAGACGAUGGUGAAUUUGGAACCAACUUGGGAGGAACACAGGAAAACCAUGUCAUGUCUGCUGAGCAAGGAGGAUGGGUCACAGCUAUCUGAGAGUACUGUGGUGCUAGAUGUGAAACAUGGUCCUGUUGAUGUUCAGAUUCAAAUUUUAAAUGAUCUGCCCAUAAAGGAAGGAGACACCGUCACACUGAAUUGCUCUGUAGGCAGCAGUUUCCCUGAAGAGAACUGGUUCAACUGGCUUAAAUCAGAUUCCCAUAUAAGUGAACUUACAUAUAGUGGCUCAAAGCUAUUGACCUUCCCUGCACAACUUGGACCAGACACCGCUUACAAAUGUGAAGCAUGCAAUGUUAAUAGCUGCACUACAUCUCCUGAAGUCAUUUUGGAUGUUCACUUUGCCCCCAAGGAAGUAAAAAUUUCACAAGAGCCAACAGGUCCGAUCCAAGAAGGCACCUAUGUUAAACUGAGGUGUGAAGUGGGAAGGCCAGUCCCCCAGAAUAUCACCUAUACGUGGUACCACAAUGAAAAGCAGCUGCAGCUAGACUCUGCAGAUGAAGUGUUGAUCAUAUCAGAAGUGGAUUUACGGCAUUCUGGCCACUACUGGUGUAAUGUCAGCAACAGCGUGGGCAAAUUGCGCUCCUCAGCAAUCAUGCUGCAUGUAAUUUGUUUCCUAUGUAAUGAAAGCCCACUGAGUGUAAGCCCCAAUACCCUGAAUGCCUGGAGAGGAUCCUGUGUGUUGUUUCCAUGCCAGAUCACUGAAAUGAGUUUUUCUGGGGCAGUCCACACCACUUCUUUGGCUUGGUAUUUUGAACCUCAUUUCGAUAAUGUGUGGCACGGAUAUUAUGGUCGCCUGUUGUACGACAGCUCCAAAACCUCAGAAGAACACAAGUCCCUUGCAAGUUCUGCCUUCCGGGAUCGGGUAAAGUUUGUAGGAAAUGUAAGCGGCGGAGACUGCAGCUUGAUGAUUUCUCGUCUCCAGAUAAAGGACAGCGGUUUUUAUGGGAUCCAAAUAGUUGCUUCAGUUAGAAACUAUCCUUGGCGACUCAAGAGGUUUCUUAGUGUCGAAGUUAAUAUUAAAGGGUCACCUCCAAAGCCCGAGAUGGAAAUCAUUCCUGAGAAACUCCUAGAACACAGAAGAGCUGAAGUGAUCUGUUGGGUGCCUUAUGAUUGCGUUGACGAGGCAGUUACAUUGACUAUCAGUAACUUAGAGGGCAAUUGGUUGCCUUCACAAAACACAACAAUUGGACACAGAGUGCUCCGGACUGUGCUGAGUUUUGAACCAACUAAGGUGGAUCAUGGGAAAAAGUUGAGGUGCUCCCUGAGUGGCGAAGGCUGGACAAGGACAACCCAUAAUAUUGUGGAACUGGAUGUGAAAUAUGCUCCCAAUGAAGUCAAGAUUUCCAUUUUAAAUGAUCUGCCCAUAAAGGAAGGAGACACUGUCAUGCUGCAAUGUAAUGUGGACAUAAGUAACCCUGAAGACCAUUGGUACAACUGGCUUAAGUCGGAUUCCCAUACGGUUGACAUGGCGUACAGUGCUUCGAAGUCAUUGACCUUCCUUGCAUCACAUGAACCAGGCACUUCUUACAAAUGUGAAGCAUGCAACGAUAUUGGCUGUACGUCAUCUUCAGCAGUCACUCUAGAUGUCCACUUUGCCCCGAAGGAGGUCAAAAUCUUGCAGGAGCCCAAAGGGAGGAUCCAGGAAGGUACCCAUGUUGAGCUGAGAUGUAAAGAGAGCAUGGCAAACCCCGGGAAUAUCAGCUAUACAUGGUUCCAUGAUGGAGAACAGCUGCAGCUGAGCUCUGCCUCUGAAAGAUUGGUAAUCCCAUUUGUGCUUUCAGCACAGUCAGGCAGCUACUGGUGUGAAGCCAGCAACAGUGUGGGAACAUCACGCUCCUCAGCAAUCACACUGGAUGUUUUUUGUACACGGUGUACCGAAACCCCGCUGAGCAUGGGCUUCAGUUCCCUGACUGCCUGGGAAGGAUCGUGUGUGUUGAUUCCAUGCCAUUUCAGUGAGACGUAUAAUCUGAAUACCAUCCAUGUAGAUGCUGUGGUUUGGUAUUUUGAGCCCUCGGGGGAGAACGUUCAGACCAAAGUGCUGUAUGAUAGCUCCAAAUCCCUGGAGAGUCUCAAGAUGCUAACAAGACCUGACUUUAGGGGUCGGGUCCGGUUUUUAGGGAACUUAAGCAACAGAGACUGCAGCUUGAUGGUUACUCAGCUCCAGGCCAAAAACAGCGGCACGUACGGGGCAAGCGUACUCGCUUCUAUGGAGAACCAGCCCUGGCGUUUGAAGUGGUUUCUUAGUGCGAUGGUUAACAUUACAGGAUCACCUCCAAAGCCCAAGAUGGAAAUCAUCCCUGCGGAACUACAAGAACGGAGGAGAGUGAAAGUGAUCUGUUCGGUGCCUUACCAUUGCCCUGAUGAGUCAAUAACAUUGACUAUUGGUGGCUUAGAAGGCAAUGAGCUGUCUUCGCAAGCCACAACCUUUGAAAAUAGAAAGAUCCAGACGAUGGCGAGUUUUGAUCUUACUUGGAGAGACAACGGGAAAGUGCUGAGAUGCUUAUUGAGGAGCCAAGAUGGGUCACAGAAAUCCCAGAGUACCAGGAAGCUGGACAUAAAAUUUGCCCCCAAGGAAGUGAUAGCUGUGCAAGAGCCAGAUGAGGAGAUGGUGGUGUUCGGCCAGCCUCUUAAGCUGAGAUGCAAAGCGGGAAGAGCAAACCCCCAGAUCUUUACUUAUGUGUGGUUCAAGGAUGGGGAACAGCUGACCCUCGAUUCUGCAUCUGACCUGCUGACCAUCCAGGAAGUGAGAUUAGAGGACGUUGCCGCUUACCACUGUGAAGUUAGCAAUAAUGUGGGCACGUCACGAUCCUCGCAAGUCGAACUGGAAGCGUCGUGCGAAUCCCCAUCAAACGGUCUUGGUCUCUGUUACAUCUUGGCAAGGACUUCAUAGUUUCGUGUCGUAAGCAGUAAUAGUUAGUCUGAAUAUAUGUCUUUCAUUGACUUUAACAUUUGAGUGUGUGUGUGUGUGUGUGUGUGUGUGUGUGCAUGCAUGUAUUGUAAGGGCCAUUCUGCCACGCCCGGCACAGCCUGGGGGUGGGGAAGCAUUUGUGAGCGGGGGGAAGAAUAGAGAUGAGCCCUCCUGCUAUUGGCUCUGAGCAGGUGGUGCCAUCAAGUGGAGAGGGGUAUAACGCUGGCCUAUAAAGAGGCACUUACCCCUCCCACUUUCCUUCUUGUUUGCUUGGCUCCCUCCCUCCCUGUGUGCAGUGUGAGUUCUCUGGUCACCAUUCGGGGCCGAGUAGGAAUUUUUUGCUCAUGUUCUAAAUUGUUCAUGAGGUUUUUUUCGCCUACUCCACACUGUAAGACAGCCUGGGAGUAUAAAUAGGUUGAUUUGGUGUUGCUUAUAAAUUUGGUCACAUUUGAUGAUAGGCAGGAAGGAACGGGCAUCCAGAGGGAUUUUGUAAUGGUGAGCAUUCACAGGCACUGCUGCAGUGGUGAGGGCUUCCAGCGUUGAGCCCUGUGGCCGGGCUUGGAGAUAAGGGUUACCUCUGAGGCCAACCUUUCUCACCCACCUUGAGCCUUGUGGCCUGGGUUGGGGGUGACACUGGAAGGUCUCCCUACCCCAAAAGGGGCAGCCUGCGGGAGGGCGAAUUGUACAGCACCAACUCAUGGGACAUGAAUAGCUCACCCUACUCAGAAAGGUCUGAAAACCAGGCCAGACUGGAUGCCCCUUUAGGUUUCCCCUUUGCAGAUCUUUAAUAAAAUGUGGCCCUGUUUAAACCCAA